GGGGGAAAGACGCUUGAAAUGAGUGAGCGCUGCAUUUAAAAAAACUGCUUUUAAGCGCCUUUAAUGGUAUGACUUUACAACAUAGCAUGUCGUAAGAGAUAGAUAACAGUUCCUGGAAUCGAUUGCAAUGUGUAGAAUUCAAGGUCCAUAAUAGUAAUUAUGGAAGCUCUUCAGAUGCAAAUUCCGUGUAAUAAAGAAAAUACACCAAUUAAAGAAGUAAAAAAGUCUGUAGAUAACUUGAAGAGAUCAGUGAGUCCGUUAAAUAUAUUGUCUGAUCAGUGUCAGUCUGGUAAGAAGGCUCCUUCUAUAAGGAGAAUAUUGGGAGAUUUACCCACACCGAAGACUGAUAAUGUCACCAAAAAGAAAUCAAGAUCUUUUGAUAAUACAACAUGUCAACGAGAUAGUUUCACUCCAGUUAGAAACAAGUCUCUUCGAAAAUCUGUUGGUGGACAGCUGGCCAGUAAGAAUUUGAGCUCCACAAAAAAACCUGAUUUUUCUCCAGGUAAACAUAAGUUUGAAAUAAGACCAGAUGCUUUUGAGAACAAAGAUGUUCACAAGAAAAACGGUGAACAAUUUGUAGAUCAUACUGAAUGGGUAAUUCCUGUGCCAAUUAGAUCAACUAUACAGAAUAGCUUUGAUACAAGCCCAGCAAUACCACAUAUUGUUAUAGCUAAUCAAGAUGAUGAAUGUGAAAUAUUAAAUCAGCAAGACUAUCAUUUAACCAGUGAAGAUGAUACAGAAAUAUCUGAAUUCAUUGAUUUGGUUUUAAAUCGAUGUUUAGAAGAUGUUUUAUCAGAAGAUACAAAGGUUAAUCAGAUUGAUGUACCAGCUAUACAGGUUAUACCAGCAACACCUUUAGAAGAAGAUGAAGAACAAACCACAUCAGAUAAUAUACUAGCGGACAAUCCACCUGUACUUCAAUUAGAUAACUUUACAACAGAAGAUACCUCACAGAUUGACUCAAAAAAUAUACAACCAUUUGAGAACAUUAAUAGUGCUAACAUUCAAUCAGAACAGACUGAUUUCAACUCGCAAUUUUGUGAUAUUUUUUCAGACAAUAUUGAAAAUGACUCUGAUAAAGAGAAUGUUCAACCAGUGCCUAAUAUUACAUCUUUCAGUUCGUUACAUAUUGAAUGUGAUGAUGAUGUUGUUUAUAGUCCCACUAGCUCUCCAUACAGUUUGUCCUAUAUGUCUGUAUCAAAUUUUGGUGACGAAAACAUUUUGCAAAAUAAUCUUCCAUUUUCUAUCUUCAGUCCAGAUGUUGCAUGUUCGCCAAUUUGUUACAAAAAUUACCAAAAUUCUAAUUCAAAGCGUACUAUUUUGGCCUCUUUACCCAUUCUUCAAAAUGAUGAUUCUGGAGAAAUUUCUGAAUCCUGUGAUGAAAAAAUAGAAGAAUAUGAUGUUUGUGAAGAAGCUAAUAUCUGUGAAAAUGUUCAACCAUCAACUAUAUUAGACAUAUCUACUCAUGACAUGGGCUGUUCUCCAUUGAAAGACACAAUUACAUACUCUUCUAUAGAAACAAAUACAGAUACAAAGAAUUUUAAUGAUAUAUCAGUUUUGACGGAAACUGUAGAUGUUAAUUCUGUAGGUUUGUCACCAAUUAAAGGUGUCACUAAAGACAUUGACACAAUGACCACCAUGGAAGCCAUGUUGAAUAAAUCUAUGGAAACUGAACACGUUUCUGUGUUUGAUAAAAGUAUGAUGGCCCAAUGUGACUUUCAAGAUGAAAGUAUGAUGACAGAUUCAACUCCAGUAAGCAAUGUAGAAACAACCAUGACACCAUUUAAACUUCUCAAUAAAAAAGGCAAAAGAAUGACUGCUGAAGAAGUGCGUCGACAACAUCCAAGAAUAGUAGCCAAUCAGAUCGAUACGACACUGGUUUGUAAUGAAAAACUGCAAUCAGAGAUUACAAUUCUUACGAAGGACAACACAAGACUUAAAACAGUGAUUAAAGAUUUAAAAGUCAAGCUCAAAACAACAUGUAAAGAACUAGAAGAAUUUGAGUCAAUACGCAAAGAGGAAAAAAAAGAUGAUCAGAAAUCACAAGAUGAAAAGUUAAAAAGUUUACAUACUAUUAUCAGUAAUCAAGAGGAAAGAUUAAAAAAUCAAGAGAAAGCUUACAACACUCUACAAAAUAAAAUACAAGAAUAUGAAGCUUGUCAACUACAGUUAGAGAAAGAUGUAGUAGAAAAACAGCAACAAUAUGAAACGGAACUCAAUCAACAAUCUGUUUUACAUACUGAUAAGCUAGAAAAAAUGAAAAUAGAUGAGUUAAAUUAUAAAGAACAAUAUGAAGGUGCUAAAAGAAUAGUGAAAGAACAAGAAAUACAGUUGGUAUUAUUAACAGAAGUAGAAGAAGAAGCUGAUAAACUCAUGAAAAAACAGGAUAUUUUAAUGAGAGAUCUGUAUAAUAUGAGAGCUAUGAUUAAAGGUGCUGUUAAUAAUAAUAUAUCAACAAAACAACACCUACAGUUACAGUGGAAUAAUUUAGAAGAAAAGAAAAGUCAAGUUGGUAUAAUUGUUGAGGGUUAUAAGAUGAAUAAUAAAUUAUUAUUAGAAGAAAUGGCAGACCUUCAGCAUGUAAUGACAGAGAAAAACAAAAAGAUGGAAGAGUUAGAAGAGAAAUAUUUAAGUACUAUAGGAGAUUUAGAGAUGGCAGCUACAGAGUAUUAUGCACAACAAACAGAAUUAAGCGAGGCUAGAUCUACAAUUGAGAGUUAUGGCAACCUAGAAAGUGAUUUAACUUCAGCUUAUAAAGAAAUACAAACUCUACAAUCAACAUUAAAACAGACAGAAGACACUUUACAUCACGAACAAUAUAGAUAUACAAAUCUACAAGAAGAGUUUGUGUUGGUAAAACAAGAUUUUCAAGAUCAAGUUACACAAUUGGAGAAUUUGGUGUUAAAUUUACAGAGAACAGUUGAUUUUAGAGAGAAAGAUAUUGAUAAAUUAGAGAUAAAGUUGUAUAAUGAUUAUAAUAAACUAGAAGAACAGAAAGAGCAGUUAGAUUCCCUAGAAACCCAAUUAUUUAAUUGUCAAGAAGAAAUCGAACAAAAAACUGAGGAAUUAGAAAGAGUACAGAGAUUUGCUCAAGAGCAAGAAGGUGUUGGUGAAAUAUGUUUACAAUCGGCUAGAGAAGCUGAUGAGAAGAAUACAAAAUUAACAUUACUAGUUAAUAAUUUACAGACCAUAAAUAAGGAGAAUGAAGAGAAACAAUCACAACUUCUUACAUCAUUUGGACAACUACAACAAGAUUACCUGGCAUCAAGAGAAAAUCUUAAAGAAACCCAGGAUAGACAUCGUACUACCAUAGCUGGCAAAGAUGAAGAACUAGAUCAAGCUAAAUAUUUCUUACUACAUCUGGAUUCUAAAAUUACAGCAUAUAUAGACAAGUUGAAGAGCAAAAUAAGUCAUGAGGUGUCGAACAGACGUAAAUUAUUUAGACAAGCUAUUGAUAAUAUUUCUGCUUCAUCACAAGAGAGAUUAGUGGAUAUAGGUGUUGAACCUAUAGCUAGUUCUACACAUGCCUCUCUCAGUAUAUUAGGUCCUAAUGCUAAACCACAUCGUCAUGCUUCUAGUCUAUCUCCUACUAAAGAUACAUUCCCAUAUAACUCAUUUAAUCAAUCUCAUAAUUCAUUAAAUACAUCUGUAUAUAAUCAUGUUACAACACAAUCAAACACACCAUCUAAAUCAUUCUCUAUAUCAGAAGAAACACAGCGAUCUUGUCAUAAGUUAGAUCAACUUGUAGAACGCAGGAGGAGAAGUAGAUCAAGUACAGCAGUAAAAAGUAACAGACAUUUAGAUUAUGGUGAAGUAGCCAGUGAAAAUGUGAAAGAUUGUCCAGUAUUAUUUGAUAGUUGUAAGGAUGUUGAUAGUUCAACAGAUGUUUAUAAAAUGGUAGAAAGAAAAUUUGAUGAAGUAGAGAGAUUAGUUGCAGCUUUAGAAAAGAAUACAAUUAAAACAAUGGAAAAUCUGACAUCAGAAAAGGAUGAUCUAGAAGAUAUAAAAUAUAGAUUAGAACGACAAGUACAUCUGUUAAAGAGUGAAAUAGCUGUAAGGUCAGAAGCUAUUAGUCAAGUGAAUGAAGAGAAGACCAGAUUAGAUAAUAAAGUACAGGAAUUGACAGAUUGUCUUGUUAAAUAUUCUGAUCAACAUGAACAAAUAAAGAUACAUGAGAGGAAUAAUGAGAAGUUAAAUUUAGAUUUACAAUGUCAGAAAGAUGAGAUUAAAUUAUUAACAGAAGAACUUGAUAUGCUGUUUAGCAAAACACGGAGACUAAACAGUAAUGGUUCGGAUGAUCAACAGCAGUUAUUUGAACUAAAACGAAAGAAUCAACAACUACGUAUGAAGAUAAUAGAAGAUUAUAAUAGUUAUAUAGAAUCAGACAGUCAGAAUAAGAGAAAGAUGCAGACAUUAGAAGAUAACUGGUUACAAUCUAAAGCUGAAGUUAGUCGAUACAGUGAACUUGUUGAUACUAUCAAAGAGACUUUGAAAACUAAUAAAGAUUAUAUAGAGGAGGUACCAAGUUUAAAUCAAUUGUUAAACAUUAUUAAAGGAUCUGAUAUUACUGCAACCACACCAGCAACAGAUAUAUUUCACUCAUUCUAUGAUAGCUUUAUGUUUUAAGAUAUUUAUAUUCAAACCUUUAUGUAAACAAUAGUUGGCAUUUAAACCAUAAAUAUGUGUGAAACUGUAUGAGAAUGACUGCUUGUAAAAGUAAACCUUACUACAAACUCCCGCUAUUGGGGUUAUUACCUUGCAUGUGCCAUAAUACCUUUAAAUUGUUUUCAUUCUUUAAAAUAUACUUUUAUUUUCAUGGUACUCGAAUCAUUGUACAUUUAUCUAGCCCAUAUAUAUAUCUAUGUAUGUUAUGUAUUAUUUGAAGUGCAAUUACAAGAUGGUCAUAUAAAAUAUUUCCAGUUCAAACCCAGAAUGUAGAUCAAAUCGUUUAUUUAUCGUUAUCAAAUUAUAUUUAUAUACUUUAUCAAAAAAUAGUCAUUUUCAUCAA